GCAGACCCGGAAGGAGCGACGGGCUGCAGCCAGGGAGUGCGAAACCAGGCUUUGAGCUCUGGCAAUGGCGGCGGCAGCGGCAGCGGCAAUUGCAACUGCAACUGCAACUGCGGGCGAGGACGGGCAGAGGCAGCCACCGGCUGAACCAACCCCAACAAUGAGGGGCGAUAGUUUGGAAGCAGAGGCCGGAGAGCUGGGAAGGCUGAAAGCCCAGCUCGGGGCAGCCCUGGCAGAGAUGGAGAACAUGAAAGCGGUGGCAGAGGUGAGUGAGAGCACCAAAGCCGAGGCUGUGGCCGAGGUACAGAGGCAGUGCCGGGAGGAGGUAGCAUCCCUGCAGACCAUCCUCAAAGACUCCAUUAGCAGCUAUGAAGCUCGAAUCUCUUCUCUGGAGCAAGAGCGGAAACAGCAGUUGCAAGAACAAGAAGCAAGAGAGAGGGAGCUGAACCGGCUGAAGCAGCUUCUUUCUCGUUCUCACCCCCUGGACUCCUUGGAGAAGCAAAUGGAAAAGGCUCAUGAAGAUUCAGAGAAACUUCGGGAGAUUGUGCUACCCAUGGAGCAAGAGAUCGCAGAACUGAAGGGGAAACUCCUAAGGGCAGAGGAGCUGAUUCAGGAAAUCCAGGGAGGCCAGGGUCGUCCCCAUUCCCAGCACUCUGUACACGGCUCCACGGAGCUGCUCCCUCUGCCCCGGAACCCAUCGCCUCCCCUGGAGCCUCCGGAAGACCUGAGUGUGGAUGGGGGGGCCGCCGCUGAGGUCUUUGCCCGGAACUGUGAUGACAGUGCCUCUAUCUCUUCCUUCUCCUUGGGAGGUGCUGGCAACAGCGCCUCCCUGCCCAGAGGACGACGGGGGAUGAGCCCUGAGCAGGAGGAGACUGCGUCCCUUGUCUCUACAGGGACCCUGGUUCCCGAAGGCAUCUACCUCCCUCCCCCAGGCUACCAGCUCGUAUCAGACCACCAGUGGGAGCAGCUACAGCUUGAGGGGCGGCAGCAGCAAGAGUCUUUGCAGCAUCUUCAGAGACAGCUCGAGUGUGCCGGUCGGGAGCGGGAUGAGCUGCAGGAGGCCCUGAAGCGGAGCAGUGAAGACUGCGCCAAACAGGUUCAGGUGCUGCUGGCUCAGGUGCAGAACUCAGAGCAGCUUCUACAGACCUUGCAGGGGACCGUGAGCCAGGCUCAAGAGAGGGCUCAGCAACAAAUGGCAGAGCUGGCUGCCUCUCACAAGCGUGUCUGCUAUGAAAUAAAGCGGCUAAAUGAGGAGAACCAAGGACUUCGGUGCCGGCAACCUUUGUCUUUAGGUCCCCAGGUUCAGGAGCAAGAACAGGGAGAAGAGGAGGAGCUGCAGCUGCCCACGUCACCCCAGGAGCUGCAGCAGUUGGUACGGAGCACCCGGCAGGAAGCCCGGGAAUGUCAGCGUGCCCAGGAGCAUGAAGCCGAGCGUCUAAGGAUCGAGAUUGUGACCCUGAGGGAGGCGUUGGAAGAGGAGACAGCCUCCAGGGCCAGCCUAGAGAGGGAGUUGAGGGUUCAAAGAGAGGAAACAGAGGUUUUGGAGGCCUCCCUGUGUAGCCUAAGGACAGAAAUGGAGCGGAUCCAGCAGGAGCAGAGCAAGGCAGAGAAGCAGCUUCAGGCAUCCCCAAGGCAGCCACCCCCCCCAGCCAUCAACUGGACGGAGGAGAAGGCUCAGCUCACAAACCUUCUCUCAGAACAAAGGGCAAAGGUGUUACGGCUUCAGGCUGAGCUGGAGACAAGUGAACAAGUACAGAGGGACUUUGUUCGGCUAUCCCAGGCCCUGCAGGUACGCCUGGAGAGGAUCCGCCAGGCAGAGACCCUGGACCAAGUGCGAAACAUUGUGGACGAGACCCCUCUCAGAGAUGUGAAGGACAUAAAGGACACCUGAGGCCAGGUGGCAUAACUUGCCAUCCUCGCUCUCUCCCACACACAUCUCUGGGGAAAGAACCUGCCUUCGUAGACUGCAGCAAAAUCAAGGAUUUCUGGGGUUUGGGGAUAAUGAAACAUAGCCUUCUACCCCCUCAGGAAAACUCAGUCCCCUUCCCUUGGGUCAGAAGUGGAGGGGCUCUGUCCCAUCUAGUUCCAUCACCCCUUCAUAGCAGGUAACUGGGCCUUUCUGCUCUCAGGGAUAACAACCGAGAGAGGGUCAUGACCCCUCCUCCGCCAGCCAAAGGCGCAAGAGCAUGUUCUUGAAGCUCUUCCUACUAAGGCCCUUGGGCCAAUACUGACACUAACACAGCUUCUGAACCCCUUGGUCCCAUGGACCGCCCCUUCCAUCUUUGUUAUAGCAGCCCUGCCCUCUUCCCACUCCCCUCCGAGGUGCCCUGGCAUAACAGUGAAACCUCAGCUCAUGUGUAGGAUACACCCCGGCUGUCGAUGCUUUCAUGUGUGCGUGACACUAAUAUGCUCUCACAGAGGUCAUGUAUGACCUAACCAGACUUGCUUUUGUUCUUACACACGGAGGUCUAGGCCAGAGUUUGCUCUCCUUUAAUGUCAAUAAAUUAGCAGCUCAGA